AUGGCUUAUAUACAAAGAGGUCCCGUUGCUGUUUUCUUAGUGUUGUUGGCUUUAGGCGUGUGUUCUGCUAGAAGGGCUCUGCUCAAUUUUGAUGCUGGAGGUGGCUAUGGUUUAGGCCAUGGCAUUGUUGGUGGAGGUGGUGGAGGAGGAUCGGGUGGUAGUGGCGGAUAUGGAGGAGGAGGAGGAGGAAGUGGAGGUGGUGGGGGAGGAGGAGUUGGAUAUGGAGGUGAGCAUGGAGUUGGAUAUGGUGGUGGGGGUGGAAAUGGUGGUGGUGGAGGCUAUGGUAUUGGAGGAGAGCAUGGUGGUGGGUAUGGUGGAGGUGCGGGAGGUGGAGGUGGAGGUGCAGGAGGUGGAGAACAUGGUAUAGGAUAUGGAGGAGGUGGUGGAAGUGGUGGUGGAGGUGGAGCUGGAUAUGGUGCAGGAGGAGCUCAAGGAGGUGGAUAUGGUAUUGGAGGAGGAGGUGGCAGUGGUGCAGGAGUAGAGCAUGGUGGUGGUGAAGGAGGAGGAGCCGGAGGAGGUUAUGGUGCAGGAGGAGAGCAUGGCGCUUCUGGACAUGGAGGUGGUGCAGGAGGUGGAGCCGGAGGAGGUUAUAAUGGAGGGGGAGAGCAUGGUGCUUCGGGCUACGGAGGUGGUGAAGGAGGUGGAGCGGGAGGAGGUUAUGGUGGUGGGGGAGAGCAUGGUGCAUCUGGCUACGGAGGAGGUGAAGGAGGUGGAGCCGGAGGAGGUUAUGGUGGUGGAGGAGAGCAUGGUGCUUCUGGCUAUGGAGGUGGUGAAGGAGGUGGAGCCGGAGGAGGUUAUGGUGGUGGAGCAGAGCAUGGUGCUUCUGGUUACGGUGGUGGUGAAGGAGGUGGUUCUGGCGGAGGCUAUGGAGCUGGUGGUGCACAUGGUGGCUAUGCUCCCUAA